UCUACUCCCCCUCUCUCUCCUUCUACCCCCCCUCUCUCUCCUUCUACCCCACCUCUCUCUCCUUCUACCCCCUCUCCUUACCCACCUCUCUCUUCUUCUAUUCCCCCUCUCUCUCUUCUUCUACCCCCCUCUCUCUCCUUCUACCCCCUCUCUCCUUCUACCCCCUCCUUCUCUCCUUCUACCCCCUCUCUCUCCUUCUACUCCCCCUCUCUCUUUCCUACUACCCCCUCUCUUUCCUUCUACCCCCCCUCUCUCCUUCUACCCCCUCUCUCUCCUUCUACCCCCUCCUUCUCUCCUUCUACCCCCUCUCUCUCCUACUCCCCCUCUCUCUUUCCUACUACCCCCGCCCUCUCUCCUUCUACCCCCCUCUCUCCUUCUACCCCCUCCUUCUCUCCUUCUACACCCUCUCUCUCCUUCUACCCCACCUCUCUCUCCUUCUACCCACCUCUCUCUCUCUCUCCUUCCAUCCCCCUCUCUCCUUCUAUCCCCCUCUCUCCUUCUACCCCCCUCUCUCCUUCUACCCCCUCCUUCUCUCCUUCUACCCCCACUCUCUCCUUCUACCCCAUCUCUCUCCUUCUACCCCCCUCCUUCUCUCCUUCUACCCCCUCCUUCUCU